AUGCCAGCUCAUCGACCACGAUUUACCACCCCUGCAAUCCUGCAUCAGGAAAGAAGCCUUCAUCAGGAUGUGGCCAGGUGGAACCUUGCAGUCUCUGGAUCCCAGGGAAAGAAGAUCAUCGGGCGGAUGGGAGAAUGUUAUAGCAAGAAAUCUGUGGCCCCAGGGUCUGAAACCCUGGAGAGAAUCAGCACCACGUCUACAAGUUCAGAGUCAAAUAUACAACAAAGGAACAAAAAACCGAAAGAGUCCCUGGAAACUGGACAGAUGGCAUUUACUUUGGCUCAACUUGAGGCCUUGGAGAUUUGCCUGAAGGAAGCAGAAGAAAAGGCUAAAUCCUUAUCUGAACAGCUUGCAGCCUCUGAAGGAACAAAAGCAAAACUACUUGAGCAAGUUUCCUGGCUAGAGGAAAAACUAGAGACUCUGACCCAUAAGGAAGACAGUGGGGAACCAUAUGAAAAAAUGGUUCUUGCAAAAGACCAGUGCAUUGAGAAAUUACAAGCUGAAGUGAAAGCUUCCCAAGAGCAACUUACAGCCCAUAAACUAAAGCACAAAAGGAAACUGAAAAAGCUGCAAACUGAUUUGGCAACAGCUAAGCAAGAGGCUGCCAUCACAGUCCUGGAGCUCAAUGAGAAGAUAAGGACUCUAUGUGAAGGGAAACCAGCCCCUAGAGAAGACAAUGCUCGGGAAGAGUCCUGUGGUGGUCUCCCGCCUGUGGAAGAAGGUGAUCGAAAAAUUAACCUGAUUAUGGAGUUGUCGACGCAGGUUUCCCUUCAGACUGAGAAGAUCACCCAGCUGGAAGAUGUUUUAGAGGAAAAGGAAAGGAAAAUUCAGCAGCUGGAAGCUGAGCGGGGAUCCCAGCCCUUCCAAGAGGUUGAGGACACUCCAGAAUGUUUACAAGAAGCCCCAAUUUUCUUUAAUAAUAGUGUCACCCCUGUGGUCUCUGAUGAAGAUAUGUAA